AUGGCGGUCGGUUCCGGGUCCGGUCAGCCACACGCUUUACACGAGGAGCAACUAGAACUGCAGACGCGAGCUUCUAGUCCUAUUGUAGUUGAAGCCUUAGUGAAGUGCAUUCAGCACUAUCCAAUACAGGAUGUUAGCAGUGAAUUGGUUGAUGGUUUCAAUCAUGGUUUUCGUCUUAAAUAUGAUGGACCUCGUUUAGCUACCAAUUGUAAAAAUUUAGUAUCAAUUAAGGAUAAUGAAAGCGAGGCUCUGGUCAAAGUUUUUAAGGAGAUUGCAUUAGGUAGAAUUGCUGGCCCUUUCCAAGACAGACCAUUGGCUAAUAUUCGGGUCUCUCCUAUUGGGUUAGUACCCAAAAAGGAUGGUAGUUGGAGAUUACUUCAUCAUUUAUCUUUUCCAGAAGGUUCUAGUGUGAAUGAUUUUAUAGACCCAUCUGCCUGCUCAGUACAGUAUUCAUCGUUAGAUGAGGCUAUUGAUAUGAUAAGUAAAUUAAGUAGAGGUGCUUACCUAGCAAAAAUGGAUAUAAAAUGGGCAUUCAGGCUGUUGCCGGUCAACCCAGCUGAUUUUGAACUUCUUGGUUUUCAGUUGAAGGGUUCAUUUUUUGUUGAUAAAUGUCUGCCUAUGGGUUGCUCUUACUCGUGUGCCUUAUUUGAGAAAUUUGCCACCUUUUUGGAAUGGCUAGUCAAGUAUCGGUCCAAACUAGAGUCUGUUGUACAUUAUUUAGAUGAUUUUUUGUUUGGUGGGGCUAAGGAUAAUAAUGAUUGUACCAAGCUAAUGCAGGAAUUUUCUGGUAUUGCUUAUGAGUUGGGGGUUCCUUCAGUAGAGGGAAAAACCGUUGGUCCCUCCCACAUUCUGACUUUUCUUGGCUAUGAACUGAAUACCCUAGAAUUGACCAUUUGGAUUCCAGUGCAGAAAUUAGAGGAACUUAAGUCCUUGCUCAUGGGGCUACUUGGUUUGGGGAAAACAACCUUAAAACACCUUCAGUCAGUUGUAGGAGUCUUGAAUUUCUUUUCCAGAGCCAUCCCUUCAGCCCGAGCGUUCAAUAGGCGUUUUUAUGAUGCUAUGACUGGUGCUUCAAAGCCAAGUCAUCACAUAAGGUUAUCUCAGGGUAUUAAGGAUGACAUCAGAGUCUGGCUAACAUUUCUAGAAUUUUUCAAUGGUUGUUCCUACUUCCCAGAUUCCUUCUGGUUAACUGAUUCCCAUCUCCAGUUGUAUACAGACAGUGCAGGUCAGUCAAACUUGGGCUGUGGGGCUGUUUUGCAGGCACAUUGGGCCUUUUUCCAAUGGCCUAAAGCUUGGGGUAACUCAGAUGUUAUGAGGGACUUGACCUUUUUAGAACUAGUUCCUGUACUUUUGGCAAUGAUGCUAUGGGGCCCUCAGUUGAAAAGCAAGAAAAUUGUCUUAAACAUCGAUAAUCAGUCCUUGGUCACAGUUCUCAAUAAAAAGUCUUCCAAAUCAAAGAGGGUUAUGGAAUUGGUCCGUCCGCUUGUGUUGCAUGUCAUGAUGUAUAAUAUUCAGUUUAAGGCUAUUCAUAUUCAGGGUAUUCAUAACAGUAUAGCGGAUUCUAUAUCUCGUCUGCAGUAG